GGAAUAUCAAACAGAUGAUUAAAUUAACACAAGAACAUAUAGAGGCACUGCUAGACAAAUUUGGAGGAGAGCAUAACCCACCAUCGAUAUAUUUAGAGGCCUAUGAAGAGUACACCAGCAAACUAGAUGCUCUACAACAGAGAGAACAGCAGUUAUUGGAAUCCAUGGGGAACGGAACUGAUUUCUCUGUCUCCAGUUCAGCUUCAACAGACACAGUUGCAUCAUCUUCCUCCUCUAGUCUCUCUGUAGCACCUUCAUCCCUUUCAGUUUAUCAAAACCCUGCUGAUAUGUCACGGAAUAACCCCAAGUCUCCACAGAAGCCUAUUGUUAGAGUCUUCCUGCCCAAUAAGCAAAGGACGGUGGUUCCAGCAAGAUGUGGAGUGACAGUCCGAGACAGCCUAAAGAAAGCGCUGAUGAUGAGAGGUCUUAUUCCAGAGUGCUGUGCUGUUUACAGAAUACAAGAUGGAGAGAAGAAGCCAAUUGGCUGGGACACUGACAUUUCGUGGCUCACGGGGGAGGAGUUGCAUGUGGAAGUCUUGGAGAACGUGCCACUCACAACACACAAUUUUGUACGAAAAACAUUCUUCACGUUAGCGUUCUGCGACUUUUGUCGAAAGCUGCUUUUCCAGGGAUUCCGGUGCCAGACAUGUGGCUACAAAUUUCACCAGCGCUGUAGUACAGAAGUGCCACUGAUGUGUGUUAAUUAUGACCAACUUGAUUUGCUGUUUGUCUCCAAGUUCUUUGAACAUCACCCCAUACCACAGGAGGAGGCCUCCUUAGGAGAGACCACCCCAGCAUCUGGAUCGUACCCCUCAGCGCCCCCCUCAGAUUCUGUUGGACCACCAAUUCUCCCUAGUCCUUCUCCUUCAAAAUCCAUUCCAAUCCCACAGCCCCUCCGACCAGCAGAUGAAGACCAUCGGAAUCAAUUUGGGCAACGCGACCGAUCCUCUUCAGCUCCCAAUGUUCACAUCAAUACAAUCGAGCCAGUCAAUAUCGAUGACUUGAUUAGAGACCAAGGUUUACGAGGAGAGGGAGCCCCUUUGAACCAGCUGAUGCGCUGUCUUCGGAAAUACCAAUCCCGGACUCCCAGUCCCCUCCUUCAUUCUGUCCCCAGUGAAAUAGUGUUUGAUUUUGAGCCUGGCCCAGUGUUCAGAGGUUCAGCUGCAGGUUUGUCUGCAACACCUCCUGCCUCUUUGCCUGGGUCACUCACCAAUGUGAAAGCGUUACAGAAAUCACCAGGACCCCAGCGGGAAAGGAAAUCCUCCUCAUCCUCAGAAGACAGAAAUAGAAUGAAAACUCUUGGUCGACGGGAUUCAAGUGAUGAUUGGGAGAUACCAGAUGGACAGAUCACAGUUGGGCAAAGGAUAGGAUCUGGAUCAUUUGGAACAGUCUACAAAGGAAAGUGGCAUGGUGAUGUGGCAGUGAAAAUGUUGAAUGUUACGGCACCCACACCUCAACAGUUACAGGCUUUCAAAAAUGAAGUAGGAGUGCUCAGGAAAACACGACAUGUGAAUAUCCUGCUUUUCAUGGGUUAUUCAACAAAACCCCAGUUGGCUAUAGUUACACAAUGGUGUGAGGGGUCCAGCUUAUAUCACCAUCUACACAUCAUUGAGACCAAAUUUGAAAUGAUCAAACUAAUUGAUAUUGCACGACAGACUGCACAAGGCAUGGAUUAUUUGCAUGCCAAGUCAAUCAUCCACAGAGACCUCAAGAGUAAUAAUAUAUUUCUUCAUGAAGACCUCACAGUAAAAAUAGGUGAUUUUGGUCUAGCUACAGUGAAAUCACGAUGGAGUGGAUCCCAUCAGUUUGAGCAGUUGUCUGGAUCUAUUCUAUGGAUGGCACCAGAAGUUAUUAGGAUGCAAGAUAAAAACCCAUAUAGCUUUCAGUCGGACGUGUAUGCGUUUGGGAUUGUUCUUUAUGAAUUGAUGACUGGACAGUUACCAUACUCAAACAUCAACAACAGGGACCAGAUAAUUUUUAUGGUGGGACGAGGAUACCUAUCUCCAGACCUCAGCAAAGUACGGAGCAACUGUCCAAAAGCUAUGAAGAGACUAAUGGCAGAAUGCUUAAAAAAGAAAAGAGAUGAGAGACCCCUUUUUCCACAGAUUCUUGCCUCCAUUGAGCUUCUGGCCCGGUCAUUGCCAAAAAUUCACCGCAGUGCAUCUGAGCCCUCGUUAAACCGGGCUGGCUUCCAGACAGAGGAUUUUAGUCUAUAUGCUUGUGCUUCUCCAAAAACGCCCAUCCAAGCAGGGGGAUACGGAGAAUUUGCAGCGUUCAAGUAGCCACAGCACCAUGGCAGCACCCACUCUGUUAUUUAAGUCUUGUGUUCCUACAGUUUCUUAACAUCCAAACUCUAUUCUGCUCCACAAAACCUAAAGUAAUUUAGAAAAGAUAUUCAUAAGCUUAAAAGUGGAGCAGAAUGGAACUGCCAGUCCAACACAAUGGGAAAAAGUACCUUUUUGGGAACCAGAAUCCUCUGCUGCCAGUGUUUCUCCUUCAACACAAACCACCACGUGCAUUCGGAGACCCGCAGUGGCUGCCUGUGCCGUUGGCAUCAUUCCCAGGAGAGAGGAGAGGGCGCUCAUGGUUUGACUGUGGUGCUCGGGCAUGAGGGGAUGGAACUGCUGCUGCAACUUAGGAGACUUGCUUUGGACGGUCUGCCGGUCGGCUUUCUCCCUCUAACAACGUACCAUCAGAGGCUGAAAAUCUGAUGAGUGCUAAUUUACAAGGAUCAUCCUCUGUUCUGAUCUUUUUUUUUCCCGGUGUACUCACUGAUUUACGGACAAUGCAGUAUCCCCUUUUCACUGUAUUACAACAUCAAACACCUAAAUCUGUCUAU